CCACCUGCCCCAGACGUUCUCGCCCAGAGUCGCCGCGGUUUCCUGCUUCAACAGUGCUUGAACGGAACCCGGUGCUCGACCCCUCCGACCGCAGCCGGCCGCUCCGAGCCUGAGCCCUUUGCAACCUCGUCGCUCCGCCGCUCCAGCGUCGCCCCGCCGCCGCCGCCAUGACCACCGCGUCUCCCUCGCAAGUGCGCCAGAACUACCACCAGGACUCGGAGGCUGCCAUCAACCGCCAGAUCAAUCUGGAGUUGUAUGCCUCCUAUGUCUAUCUGUCUAUGUCUUGCUACUUCGACCGGGACGAUGUGGCUCUGAAGAACUUUGCCAAAUACUUUCUCCACCAAUCUCAUGAAGAGAGGGAACACGCCGAGAAACUGAUGAAGCUGCAGAACGAACGAGGUGGCCGGAUCUUCCUGCAGGAUAUCAAGAAACCAGACCGUGAUGACUGGGAGAAUGGGCUGAACGCAAUGGAGUGUGCACUGCACUUGGAAAAGAGUGUGAAUCAAUCACUACUGGAACUUCACAAACUGGCUACUGACAAAAAUGACCCCCAUUUAUGUGACUUCAUUGAGACACAUUACCUGAAUGAGCAGGUGAAAUCCAUCAAAGAACUGGGUGACCACGUGACCAACUUGCGCAAGAUGGGCGCUCCUGAAUCUGGCAUGGCAGAGUAUCUCUUUGACAAGCACACCCUGGGACACAGUGAGAGCUAAGCUGAUUUCCCCAAAGCCAUGUGACCUCACUGGUCACUGAGGCAGUGUAUGCAUGUCUGCCUAUAUCUUUUCUAUAAGUCGCACCAAAACAUCUGCUUAAGUUCUUUAGUUUGUACCAUUUCUUCAAAUAAAGAAUUUUGGUACCCA